UAUUCCUUGAUUUCAUCAUCAUCGAUUUGUUUACAUAAUAAAAUCAAAAUUAAGCUUAACAACUAAGUAUCCAUCUUCUUCUCCCGAAUCAGAAAAAUGGAGUUCCCCUUCAAUCACAACACCUCCAACGUAACCCACACUCAUCACCACCGUCGUGACGACGACAACAACGAACAACAUUAUCCACCACCUGGUCACAACAAUUUAUCUUCCUUCAACCAACCACCACCACCACCACAUCAUCAACAACCACCUUUCUACCCUAACCCAUCAUACCCACCACCACCACAACAACAACCACAUCAACCCGAAACUCAAGUCUUCCACACCGGGCACGUGUCCCGUAAUGACAAUUUCAACAAUUACCCUCAACAACCACAACCUCACCAAGAAACUCAAGUGUUCCACACUGGACACGUGUCCCAUGAAAACUUCAACAGUUACCCUCAACCACCACCACCUCAAUCUCAUCAUCAACAACCCAGCUACGGCGCUGCGUACCCACCUGCACCACCAUCCGUACCGGAUCACACCUCCGCCCCAUUCCCAAACGCAACUGUUCACCAUGUUUCUCAUGAAACCCAUAACCCUCAUUUUCCUUCUUCCAACGUUCACCAUGUCAACCAUGAACCCACCGCUCCUCCUCUCUCCUCCAACAGAUCCACUUUCAAGAUUGUUACCAAAGCUUCACCCAAUUACUCUCUCACUAUCCGUCGUGGCGAGGUUGUUCUCGCUCCCUCUGAUCCCUCCGAUCAGCAUCAGCAUUGGUACAAGGAUGUGAAGUGGAGCACCAAAGUGAAGGAUAAAGAUGGUUACCCUUCAUUUGCUUUGGUCAACAAAGUAACUGGUGAGGCAAUUAAGCAUUCCAUUGGUGCCUCCCAUCCAGUACGGCUCAUUCGUUACAAUCCUGACUAUCUUGAUCAGUCAGUUCUAUGGACUGAGAGCAAGGACCAGGGUAGUGGCUACAGAGCUGUAAGGAUGGUCAACAAUAUUCAACUUAACAUGGAUGCCUUUCAUGGUGAUAAAAAUUCUGGAGGUGUACAUGAUGGCACUACUGUUGUCCUCUGGGACUGGAACAAAGGUGACAACCAACAGUGGAAGAUAUUGCCCUACUGAGCCGCGGAAGGCACUGUCAAUGGCUUUGAAGAUUCAUAAUCUAUAUCUAUAAGUUGAGAGGACUGUUGUCUCUUUUGUUGAGUGGUUUGUUUUUGUUAAACUUGCAUGUGUUUUGUAAGGUAUUAAAGGUUUGCAAUGAAGUUAUUGGUACCAAGCAACCAAAUAUAGAUUUUCAGUAGAACUGUCGUGUUGAUUGCAAGUAUAACAAUAUUCGUUUGAGGUUGCUCUUUAUAUCCUAAUGUGAUUUGGUGUGAACCAUUAUUACUUUUGAGGGUACACAACAUCAUGUGUAAAACAAUGUAUGCAUCGUAUGGUUUCAAUGUUUCAUUUUUCAUACUAUCA